UCAUCACGAUUUUCGGAGGCCUCGCUUGAAGGCACUGACGCCCGCGGAGGCAGUAAACCGCGAGACAUUUUGGCUUUCCUCCCGAACUCGAUACUAUCGUCUCCACAGGUUUACCCAAGGUUUCUCUCUCACUCUCUGCACCUUACGCAUGGCGGCGAUCCGCGCCUCUUCUCUCCGGGCUCCGGCUACAAGGAUUGUGGAAUUGACAAGGACAAAGAUGUCGAGCAUGUCAGGCUUUGCGGCUUCUCAGCGUGGAUAUCCUCCCCAAGGUCAUGAGCCCUGGACUAAACUUACACACAGAGAGAAAUUACCAGAAUGGCUUGCAUACAAUCCAAGGACCAUGAGGCCUCCACCACUUAGCCGUGAUACUAAGUGCAUGAAAAUUUUAUCCUGGAAUGUUAAUGGGCUUCAUGAUGUUGUGACCACACAAGGUUUUUCUGCACCUAACUUGGCCCAGAGAGAGAAUUUUGAUGUGUUAUGUCUUCAAGAGACGCAUUUGGAGGAAAAGGAUAUUGAAAAUUUUAAGAAUCUGAUAGCAGGCUAUGACAACAGCUAUUGGUCAUGCAGUGUCUCAAGGCUUGGCUAUUCAGGGACUGCGGUAAUUUCACAGGUUAAACCAAUUUCUGUCCAAUAUGGACUUGGCAUACCCGAACAUGAUCAUGAGGGCAGGGUUAUUACUUUGGAGUUUGAUGGGUUUUACUUGGUAAAUGCCUAUGUUCCAAAUUCUGGUCGAUUUUUACGUAGAUUGACUUACAGGGUCAAUAACUGGGAUCCAUGUUUCAGCAACUAUCUAAAAAUACUGGAAAAGUCCAAACCAGUAAUUGUUGCUGGUGAUCUUAACUGUGCUCGUCAGAGCAUUGACAUUCACAAUCCUCCAGCAAAAACCAAGUCUGCAGGCUUCACAAUUGAAGAGAGAGAGUCAUUUGAGACAAAUCUUUCUAGCAGAGGCUUUGUGGAUACUUUCAGAAAACAGCACCCUAAUGCUGUGGGCUAUACCUUCUAAAACCAACGGAUAACCAACAAAGGUUGGCGAUUAGAUUACUUUCUUGUGUCAGAAUCGAUUACCGACAAGGUUCAUGAUUCAUACAUUCUUCCUGAUGUAUCAUUCAGCGACCACAGUCCAAUCGGCCUCGUACUAAAGCUAUAGCAUUGACGAGACUCUAAAAUGCGAGAGCUUACUGAAGCCAACUGUACAUAAUCACUUGAUAAAUGCUUCAGGAUAAAUCUUUGACCAGUGUGAAAUGAUGCGAGCUGUUGUAGAGAUGGUCUGCAUAUCCAUGCCCGUGAAUAUUACGCCUGUUUUGUAACUGUUCGUUCUGAGCCUCCAUGCAACGUUGUCAAAAUCUCGGCAUCAUAUGAUUUUAUGACUGUAAUUAAGGGGUCUGAUUCGACUAA